CCGCCGCGGGACUAUCUGGUCCCGGCAGCAGCGAUGUCCCCCGGCAGGAAUGUCCCUCCUCAGAUAAUGUUAUUUAUAUCUCUGGGCGGGUCCGCGGCUCGGCAGCACCAGGCGCCCGGCGGCCGCUGUGCCAGGAGCCCCGCGCUGCCCUCUUUCCCCUGCGCCGCCUUUGCCGCCCCCGGGCUCGGGGUGGCCGCUGCUACAGCCCCAGGGCAGAGAUGUGUGGAUAGAAGCCACUCCAUGACUGACAUUUCUGUGACACAAGAAAGAAUACAUAGAAGACUUCUCAGCUAAGCGGGGUAGAGCUUCCCUGUCUAUAGGAGUUCUGGGUGAGAAGCUGCUGCUUUCAUCAAUGUUUCAGAGGCUCUUCCAUGAAGACUGAGGCAGGCGCGGCUGCUGAGAGCCUGCUGACAUGACUUCGGCCACGGAGUAUGAAAACGUGGGCAACCAGCCACCGUACAGCCGGAUCAAUGCCCGCUGGGAUGCCCCGGACGAUGAGCUGGAUAAUGACAACAGCUCGGCCAGGCUCUUUGAGAGGUCCCGGAUCAAGGCCCUGGCAGAUGAACGGGAAGUUGUUCAGAAGAAGACCUUCACAAAAUGGGUGAACUCAAACCUGGCUCGUGUGCCCUGCCGCAUCACUGACCUCUACAAGGACCUGCGGGAUGGGCGGAUGCUUAUCAAGCUGCUGGAAGUGCUGUCUGGAGAGAUGCUGCCAAAGCCCACCAAGGGGAAGAUGCGUAUCCACUGCCUGGAGAAUGUGGAUAAGGCCCUGCAGUUCCUCAGGGAGCAGCGUGUGCACCUGGAGAACAUGGGCUCCCACGACAUCGUGGACGGCAACCACCGCCUGGUCCUGGGCCUCAUCUGGACCAUCAUCCUCCGCUUCCAGAUUCAGGACAUUAUUGUCGAAACUCAGGAAGGCCAUGAGACACGCUCUGCCAAGGAUGCAUUGCUCUUAUGGUGCCAGAUGAAGACGGCAGGCUACCCCCAUGUCAAUGUCACCAACUUUACCUCCAGCUGGAAGGAUGGCCUGGCCUUUAAUGCCCUGAUACACAAGCACCGGCCCGACCUGAUUGACUUUAAUAAGCUGAAGGACUCUAAUGCCCGACACAACCUGGAGCACGCAUUCAAUGUGGCUGAGCGUCAGCUGGGCAUCAUCCCGCUCCUUGACCCCGAAGAUGUUUUCACAGAAAACCCAGAUGAGAAAUCCAUUAUUACCUAUGUGGUGGCGUUUUACCACUACUUCUCCAAGAUGAAGGUGCUGGCAGUGGAGGGCAAGCGCGUUGGCAAGGUAAUUGACCAUGCCAUUGAGACCGAGAAGAUGAUUGAAAAGUACAGUGGGCUGGCCUCGGACCUGCUUAUCUGGAUCGAGCAGACCAUCACUGUCCUGAACAGCCGCAACUUUGCCAACUCCCUGAUGGGCGUCCAGCAACAACUACAGGCCUUCAGCACCUACCGCACUGUGGAGAAGCCUCCCAAGUUUCAGGAGAAGGGGAAUCUGGAAGUCCUGCUUUUUACCAUCCAGUCCCAGAUGAGAGCCAACAAUCAGAAAGUGUAUACACCGCAUGAUGGGAAACUAGUUUCUGACAUCAACCGGGCCUGGGAAAGCUUGGAGGAAGCUGAAUAUCAGCGGGAGCUGGCUCUGAGAAAUGAGCUCAUUCGGCAGGAGAAACUGGAGCAGUUGGCCCGCCGCUUUGACAGGAAGGCUGCAAUGAGAGAGACAUGGCUCAAUGAAAACCAGCGCCUCGUGGCCCAGGAUAACUUUGGGCAUGACCUGGCAGCUGUGGAGGCAGCCAAGAAGAAGCACGAGGCCAUUGAGACUGACACGGCUGCCUACGAGGAGCGCGUGAGGGCCCUGGAGGACCUGGCCCAGGAGCUGGAGCAGGAGGACUACCAUGACCAGAAGCGUAUCAUGGCCCGCAAGGACAACAUCCUACGCCUGUGGAGCUAUCUGCAGGAGCUGCUGAGGUCCCGCCGCCAAAGGCUUGAAAUGACCCUAGAACUGCAAAAGCUCUUCCAGGACAUGCUGCACAGCAUCGACUGGAUGGACGAGAUCAAGGCUCACCUCUUGUCAGCCGAGUUUGGGAAGCACUUAUUGGAGGUCGAAGACUUGCUACAGAAGCACAAGCUGAUGGAGGCUGACAUCGCCAUCCAAGGGGACAAAGUGAAAGCCAUCACCACAGCCACGCUGCAGUUCACUGAAGAGAAAGGGUACCAGCCUUGUGACCCCCAGGUUAUCCAGGACCGUGUCAGCCACCUGGAGCAGUGCUUCGAGGAGCUGAGCAACAUGGCAGCUGGGCGGAAGGCACAGCUGGAGCAGUCAAAGCGGCUCUGGAAGUUCUUCUGGGAGAUGGAUGAGGCCGAGAGCUGGAUCAAGGAGAAGGAACAGAUCUAUUCCUCCCUGGACUAUGGCAGGGACCUGACCAGCGUACUCAUCUUGCAACGCAAGCACAAGGCCUUUGAGGAUGAGCUCCGUGGGCUGGACGCCCACCUGGAGCAGAUCUUUGAGGACGCUGAUGGCAUGGUUGCACGGAAGCAGUUUGGGCACCCGCAGAUCAAGGCCCGGAGGGAGGAGGUGUCCGCCCAGUGGAACCAGCUGAAGGAGCUGGCUGACUUCCGCAAGAAGAACCUCCAGGAUGCUGAGAACUUCUUCCAGUUCCAGGGUGAUGCAGAUGACCUGAAGGCUUGGCUGAAAGAUGCCAACCGGCUGCUCUCAGGCGAAGACAUAACACAGGGUGAAGGGGCCAUACGGGCCCUGGAGAAGAAGCACAGGGACUUCCUAGAGGAACUGGAGGCCAGCUGCCGAGUGAUGGAGCAGCUGGAAGAGCAGGCCCAGAGUUUCCCCCAAGAGUUUCGGGAUUCCCCAGAUGUGACUAAUCGGCUGCAGGCCCUCCGGGAGCUCUACCAGCAGGUGGUGGCCCAGGCCAACCUGCGUCGGCAGAGACUGCAGGACAUCCUGGACCUGUACACAGUAUUUGGGGAGACAGACGCCUGUAAACUGUGGAUGGAUGAGAAGGAGAAGUGGCUGGACAAGAUGGAAAUGCCAGACACGCUGGAGGACCUGGAGGUCGUGCAGCACAGGUUUGAAAUCCUGGACGAGGACAUGGAGACUUUGAAGACGCAGAUUGAUGGUGUGAACGCUGCAGCCAACAGCCUGGUAGAGAAUGGCCACCCUCGUAGUGGAGAAGUGGUGCAGUGCCAGGAAGGCCUGAAUUCCAGGUGGCAGGCAUUCCAGACCAUUGUGUCAGACCGGCGGCAGAAAGUGAACUCGGCACUCCGGAUGCACAACUUCUGCGUGGACUGUGAGGAGAUUAGCAAGUGGAUCGUGGACAAGACAGAAGUAGUGAAAUCCACAAAGGACCUGGACCAGGAUCUGGCAGGCAUCAUCGCCAUCCAGCGGAAGCUGUCAGGGUUGGAGCGUGACGUGGACACCAUCAAGUCCCGUGUGGGUGACCUGGCACGUGAGUCACAGUGGCUGAUGGAGUCUCACCCUGAGCAGAGGGAGGACAUUGGCCGGCGGCAGGUGUAUGUGGAGGACCUGUGGAAGGAACUGCAGCAAGCACUGGAGGACCAGGAGGUCUCACUGGGUAAAGCCAGCCAGUUGCAGGAAUUCCUGCGGGAACUGGAUGACUUCCAGGCUUGGCUGUCCAAGGCCCAGAAGGCCGUGGCCUCUGAGCACAUGCCUGAGUCCCUCCCAGAAGCCGAAGAGCUCCAAACGCAGCAUAAAAACAUUGAGAAAGAGAUUGAAGGGCACCAAAAAUCCUACCAGCAUGUCAAGGAAUCUGGAGAGAAGGUGAUCCAUGGCCAGACAGACCCAGAGUAUCAGCUGCUGGGCCAGCGGCUGGAGGGCCUGGAUACUGGUUGGGAUGCCCUACGGCGGAUGUGGGAGAGCCGCAGCCACUCCCUUGCCCAGUGCCUUGAAUUCCAGAAGUUCCAGAGAGAUGCCAAGCAGGCUGAAGCUAUCCUCAGCAACCAGGAAUAUACUCUGGCUCACUGGGAGCUUCCAAACUCCCUAGAAGCUGCAAAUGCUGGCAUGCAGAAAUUUGAGGAUUUCUGUGCAUCUAUGGAGAACACCCAGGAUAAGGUCUUGAGUCCUAUGGACUCUGGAAGCAGGCUGGUAGCUGAGGAAAGCUUCUACUCAGACAAGAUCAAGGAGAAGGUGCAGCUGAUUGCGGACAGGCACGAGAGUAACAAGACGAAGGCCAAGGAGGUUGCGGUUCUUCUGAAGAACAACCUAGAACUCCAGCAGUUCCUCCAGAACUGCCAGGAGCUCAGUCUCUGGAUCAAUGACAAGCUGCUGACACCUCAGGAUGUCUCCUACGAUGAUGUGCGAAACCUUCACAACAAAUGGCAGAAGCAUCGGGAAUUUAUGGCAGAGCUCGCUUCUCAUCAAGCGCAGCUAGAGAUCAUUGAUGCAGAAGGAAAGCAGCUGAUGGAGGAGAAGCCCCAGUUCAAAGACCAAGUAUCCCAGAAGCUGGAAGCCUUGCACCAGCUCUGGAAUGAGCUUCAGACCACCACGCAGGAAAAGGCCCAACACCUCUCAGCUGCCUGGAACUCCUACCUGCGCUCACAGAUCCACGCUGACCUCAGUAAGUGGAUCAGUGCCAUGGAGGACCAGCUGCAGUCGGACCCGGGAAAGGACCUGACCAGUGUCAACCGGAUGUUGGCUAAGCUGAAGCGCGUGGAGGACCAAGUGAAUGUGCGGAAGGAGGAGCUGGGGGAGCUGUUUGCCGAGGCGCCCUCCCAGAGAGAGGAGGUGGGAGAUGCAGAUUUGAACAUGGAGAAGAGGUUCCUGGACCUCCUGGAGCCCCUGGGGAGGAGGAAGAAGCAGCUGGAAUCAUCCAGAGACAAGCUGCAGAUCAGCCGGGACUUAGAGGAUGAGACGCUCUGGGUGGAGGAGAGGCUGCCUCUGGCCCAGUCGGAUGACUACGGCACUAACCUGCAAACUGUGCAGCUGUUCAUGAAGAAGAACCAGACGCUGCAGAAUGAGAUCCUGGGCCACGUGCCACGGGUGGAGGACGUGCUGCAGAGAGGGCGGCAGCUGGUGGAGGCAGGGGAGAUUGACUGUGAGGACAUCAAGGAGCACCUGGAACAACUGCAGAGCUCAUGGAAUACGCUGCGGGAGGCAGCAGCCAGGCGGCUUCAGCGCCUGCGGGACACCAACGAGGCGCAACAGUACUACCUGGAUGCCGGCGAGGCCCAGGCCUGGAUCAGCGAGCAGGAGUACUACGUCAUCUCCGAUGAGGUCCCCGAGGAUGAAGAGGGCGCCAUUGUGAUGCUGAAGCGGCACUUGCGGCAGAAGCGCAAGUUGGAGGAGUAUGAGAGGAACAUCAAGCAGCUGGCCGGCAGGGCCCAGAGCCUGAUGUCUGCAGGCCACCCUGAAGGGGAACAGAUCAUCAGACUUCAGGGGCAAGUGGAAAAGCAUUAUGCAGGGCUAAAGUUCAUGGCAGAGGAACGCAAGCGGAAGCUGGAGAACAUGUACCACCUGUUCCAGCUGAAGAGGGAGACAGAUGACUUGGAGCAGUGGAUUGCAGAAAAGGAGCUGGUGGCCUCUUCCCAAGAAAUGGGGCAAGACUUUGACCAUGUUACUCUGCUCCGGGACAAGUUCCGGGACUUUGCCCGGGAGACAGGGGCGAUCGGACAGGAGCGGGUGGACUACGUGAAUGCCAUCAUUGACCAGCUCAUCGACGCGGGCCACAGCGAGGCAGCCACCAUCGCCGAGUGGAAGGAUGGGUUAAAUGAGAUGUGGGCAGACCUGCUGGAGCUUAUUGACACACGCAUGCAGCUGCUGGCCACCUCCUACGACCUGCACCGCUACUUCUACACAGGCACCGAGAUCCUGGGCCUUAUUGAUGAGAAGCACCGCGAACUGCCUGAGGAUGUGGCACUGGACGCCAGCACCGCUGAGUCCUUCCACCGGGUGCACACUGCCUUUGAGCGGGAGCUUCACCUGCUGGGCGUGCAGGUGCAGCAGUUCCAGGACGUGGCUACCCGGCUGCAGGCGGCAUAUGCUGGGGAGAAGGCAGACUCCAUCCAGGGCAAGGAACAGGAGGUGUCUGCUGCCUGGCAAGCACUGCUCGACGCCUGUGCGGGACGCCGUGCCCAGCUGGUGGACACGGCUGAUACAUUCCGCUUCUUCAGCAUGGCCCGAGACCUCCUUUCCUGGAUGGAGAGCAUCAUCCGGCAGAUGGACACCCAGGAGAAGCCCAGGGAUGUCUCCUCGGUGGAGCUGCUCAUGAAGUAUCACCAGGGUAUCAAGGCAGAGAUUGAAACCCGGAGCAAGAACUUUAGCACCUGCCUAGAGCUUGGCGAGUCCCUGCUGCAGCGGCAGCCCCAGGCCCCAGAGGAGAUCAGGCAGAAACUGGAGCAGGUGGUGUCCAAGAGGAAGGAGAUGAACGAGAAGUGGGAGGCCCGUCAGGAGCAUCUCUGCAUGUUGCUGGAAGUGUGCCGCUUCUCGAGGGACGCCUCCGUGGCUGAAGCGUGGCUGAUCGCCCAGGAGCCCUACCUGGCCAGCCAGGACUUUGGACACACAGUGGAUGGUGUGCAGAAGCUCCUCAAGAGGCAUGAGGCUUUUGAGAAAUCCACAGCCAGCUGGGCGGAGCGCUUUGCCGCCCUGGAGAAGCCCACCACGCUUGAGCUAAAGGAACGCCAGACCCCGGAGAGACCCGAGGAGGAGACGGGGCCUCAAGAGGAGGAAGGCGAGACAGCAGGGGAGGAUCCCCAAGGCCCCCAUCACACGGCCACCAAGAGAACGUCCCCGGGGGAAGAAGAGAGGCAGUGGCCUCAGGAUCUGCAGCCACCACCCCCUCUGGGGCCACAUGGGGAGAAAUCCAGCAGAGAUGACAGGCUUGCCACCGAGCCUCUUUUUAAGGUCCUGGACACACCUCUAAGCGAGGGUGAUGAGCCUACAACACUGCCAGCCCAGCAGGACCACGGACACGGUGUGCAGAUGGAGGGCUACCUGGGCCGCAAGCAUGACCUGGAGGGGCCCAACAAGAAGGCGUCCAACAGGUCCUGGAACAACCUGUACUGUGUGCUCAGGAAUAGUGAGCUGACCUUCUACAAGGAUGCCAAGAACCUGGCUCUGGGGGUACCCUACCAUGGGGAGAAUCCCCUGGCCCUGAGACAUGCCAUCUGUGAGAUUGCUACCAACUACAAGAAGAAGAAACAUGUCUUCAAGCUGAGGUUGAGCAAUGGCAGCGAGUGGCUCUUCCAUGGCAAAGAUGAGGAGGAGAUGCUGUCCUGGCUGCAGGGUUUGAGCACUGCCAUCAACGAGUCCCAGAGCAUCCGUGUCAAGGCCCAGAGCCUGCCUCUGCCCUCCAUCGCCGGCCUUGAUGCCAGCCUUGGCAAGAAGGACAAGGAGAAGAGAUUCAGCUUCUUCCCCAAAAAGAAGUAG